AUGAUUGCCAUAGGCAUGGAGGGAUCGGCCAACAAGAUUGCCAUUGGGAUUAUGUCGCAUCCCGAAGAUGGCAGCCCGCCGAAGAUCCUCUCAAAUGUUCGACACACCUAUAAUUCCCCACCAGGCGAGGGUUUUCUGCCCAAGGACGUCGCAUACCAUCAUCGGAGAUGGGUUGUCCAGAUGGUGAAGGAAGCGAUGAAAGAGGCACGUCUCAGAGUUGAGGACGUAGACUGCAUCUGCUUCACCAAAGGUCCCGGCAUGGGUGCCCCGCUACAGAGCACAGUUAUGGCGGCACGAAUGAUGAGUCUACUUUGGAACAAGCCGUUGGUUGGAGUGAAUCACUGUGUUGGACAUAUUGAAAUGGGCCGGCUCAUUACCGGCGCCGAAAAUCCUGUCGUCCUUUAUGUCUCCGGCGGCAACACACAAGUUAUUGCAUACAGUGCCAAAAGAUAUCGCAUCUUUGGCGAGACGCUUGAUAUUGCAGUUGGAAAUUGCUUAGACCGUUUUGCGCGCACAUUAUACAUUCCCAAUGACCCAUUCCCGGGAUACAAUAUUGAGCAACUAGCCAAGAAAGGUAGCCGGUUGGUGGAACUCCCAUACAUCGUGAAGGGUAUGGACUGUUCGUUCUCCGGUAUCCUGGCUGCAGUCGACGCACUAGCCGUGUCUCUUGGGUUGAGCGGUGAGGAGCAGGCGAGACUGGACGACGAGAGAAUUGAAAAGGAACAAAACGAGCCAGGCAAACUAGACCCUGAUGCCAAGCCCACUCGCGCCGACCUAUGCUUCUCGCUUCAGGAGACAGUGUAUGCCAUGUUGGUUGAGAUUACAGAGCGUGCAAUGGCGCAUGUGGGAGCCAAGCAAGUGCUCAUCGUCGGAGGAGUGGGAUCCAACGAGAGAUUGCAACAAAUGAUGGGCAUCAUGGCGCGAGAUCGGGGUGGUUCUGUUUUUGCCACAGAUGAACGUUAUUGCAUUGAUAAUGGUGUCAUGAUUGCUCAAGCAGGUCUGGAGGCAUAUAAGACGGGUUUCCGAACCCCGCUGAAGGAGUCCACUUGCACACAGCGAUUCCGGACGGAUGAAGUAUUUGUUGAUUGGCGAGACUAA